GUUACCAGUUUCCACGCCGCUUGCAAAAUUGCAUAUGGCGGAAAACGUUAAUGUAGCGCUAAGCGCGUUCAAAACUAUCAAAAUAACUUGAUUUCUUCAGAGAUUCCCGGUUAAUUGCCCCAAAAUACAUUCAUCAGCAUGGCUAGAAACGCUGAAAAAGCGAUGACCAUGCUGUCAAGGUGGUAUGAUGUGCAAAGAAAGGAGGCAGGCAAAGGAAUAAAGGAAAGAAGACCUUUCUUGGCAACUGAAUGCGAUAAUCUCCAAGAAGCUGAGAAAUGGAGGCAUCAGAUAAUCCGAGAGGUUGCAAAGAAAGUGGCUCAAAUUCAAAAUGCUGGUCUUGGUGAAUUUCGCAUCCGUGAUCUCAAUGAUGAAAUCAAUAAGUUGUUGAGAGAGAAGCGCCAUUGGGAAGACAGGAUCAAAGAGCUUGGAGGGCCUGAUUAUGGGAAAAUUGGACCCAAAAUGCUUGACCAUGAAGGGAAAGAGGUCCCAGGAAACAGAGGUUAUAAGUACUUUGGUGCAGCAAAAGAGCUUCCUGGAGUCAGAGAACUAUUUGAGCAGGAGCCUCCUGCACCUCCAAGAAAAACCAGGGGGGAGCUGUAUAAGGAUAUUGAUGCUGAUUACUAUGGUUACCGCGAUGAGGAUGAUGGUGUGUUGGUGCCUAUAGAGCAAGAAGCCGAGGAAGAGGCGAUUUCCAGAGCCAUGGAUGAGUGGAAGAGGAAAAAGGAGGAAGGCCAAGUUGAACUAGAAGAUGAAGACGAGGAAGACAUUUAUGCUGUAAAACCUGGACCUGAGGGUGAUGACGAGGAUAUGGAUACUGAAGAAGGGGCAGAGAAGGAGCAAUCUUUUGUUGCACAUGUCCCAGUACCCUCACAGAAAGAGGUUGAGGAGCUUCUUGUUCAGAGAAAGAAAAGGGAACUGCUUGACAAGUAUGCCAGUGAAGCUCUCAUGCAGCAAAGUCAAGAGGCCAAGGCACUGCUGGGGUUAUAGCCUUGCUGAAAAGAUCUUAACCAAGCAAAGGUCCUUGGGGCUUGUCAGUCAUCACAACUAUGCUUGCAUUAUGCCCAGAGCCAGACAGCUAUGAGUUGGGGUUUGGGACCUUGGGGCUUGUCACUCGUCACAACUAUGCUUGCAUUUGCCCAGAGCCAGACAGCCAUGAGUUGGAGCUGUCUAUCUACUCAGAACUUGCCUAUGCACUCUCUUCACUGAUGCAAAAUGCAUCAUUGCAGAUUUAGGUUGAACAGAUCACUAUUUAUUGUAUAGCCCUCUUUACAAUGGGGUAUACAUACCAUUGUUACUUGAAUGUGACAGCUUGGCAGUUUCUUGUCUACUUAAACGUGACAGCUUGACAGUUUCUAGUCAGUAAUACAUUAUUUUUGUACACAAAUUACCUACAUAAGCCUCUCCUUGACUGUAGCUUUUUAGCAUAAUAACUUGAGACUUGACCUGGCUGCAUAGCAAUAAUGCUAGUAGAAAGUUUUCCUGUCUAGCCAUGAAAUGAUCACUAGCAUGCCAGAUAAACACAGCUUUGCUGGACCUAGCGAUUGAGGUGGCUAUGUCAGCAAUGAUCGGUGAUGUUGGCGCUCUGCCUUCUGUUUGAAGGGUCUGCACCAGCAAUGAUGGGUGAUGUUGGUGCAGUUUGCAUAAGAUGUCCCACAUCCAGUCACAGCCGAUAUAACUCCCGGUUAGAUCAUGACCACUAAACAAAAUGUAAAAUAGUAAUUUUUCUUUGUAUAAAGCAAUAAAAAGAUUUUCUGAAGAAA